AUGAAGGAAGACAGAAAAGUCGAGGAGGGGAGUGAAAAGACGAACAAGAAUGAAAAGCAGAGAGAAAAAUUUCGCGAUAUCGAUUUGAAGGUGGAGGCGUAUGGAGAGGGGGAUUAUAGACUGCUCAGAUAUCUACCAGAUGGAUCCUGCGUUUUCGAACAAAUACCAGAUGAAGAAAAUAAAAAUAUGAAGAAUCUACAACAGUAUGCACAAUUGUUCUGUUCAGCAAUGGAAAAAAGGAUCCAGAUAAAAAGUAAUGACAAUAAUUUGAGAAAUGAUAAAGAAUGGACACAAGGAGAGGAAUACAGAGUGAUGGUCGAGGAUGAUUUAAAAGAAUUGAUGGUUUUAUUUGACCUAAUAUUAGGUACACUGAAUUAUGAUAAGGGCACAAAAUAUUUAACCCUAAAUAAGUGUAACUAUGUGAGGGAUAUAAAAGCUAACAACCAGGACAUAUGCAUCGCUGUUACGACCAGGAAAGAACUCCUACAGAAGUUGAGAAAAUUGUGUGAAGAAACAAGAAAGCAGAUUAACUCCAUAAACGGCAUUGUUGCACAGAAAUAUUUUUUACAUUUUAUCAAUCAACUCAUUCAAUACUGGAAAGUAUUAAAUAAAAAAUAUUCCGAAAUAGAUUAUUUACAACUUGAUAAUAAUUUCCCUUACGUUACGGAGGUCUCUGUUGAGUAUUUUUUUCUUCCAUCUUAUUUUUGGAACUUUUCUUCCAAUCCGAUAUUUCUCUCCUGGCCACCUUACCCUUCUUUCUCUCCCUUCAAAUCACAGUAUGCAAAUGUCACUUUUUCGUUUGAUGGGUUGGAAAAGGAUAUACAGCGUGGAAUACAUAACCAGACUGGAGGUUGCGCUAUUGAUGACUCUCUAUUUAGGCAUAAACCGAACAAAAGGCAGAGCACCACACAGGAAAUGAUUCCUCCUCUUGGCGAAGAAUACAAAAUUAAUGACCCAACAGAGGGUCUACAAAAUAGACAAGAUAGCUUCAAACCGAAUGGAGAUAUUAUACUGAAUGAAGUUCACACAUCCAUUAACGGUGAGCAUAAGACAAAUGAACAGAGUUACACUUUUUACUACCCAAAUGUGAAGGAAGAAGAAAUAAAAAUAUUCAGCAUGCUGGAUAGCAUGAGCGUCAUUUCCGUCGAGUUCGAAGGGAUAGCUGCGCACUUGAUCGAAAAAAACUAUGCCAUCCAGUUUGACUUGUGUCCAUUAAACGUACAGCUAAAGAAUGAAUUAAAAACGCACACAAAGGAAAAUCAUUCCGCAUGGGGGGCAAACACUUUUCCAGAAAGAAUAAUUCCAGAAAAUAUUUUUUUUGAGCAAGCCAAAAAGAUGCAUGAGAAACUGACAACUGCACAGUGGGUACUCAUAGAUAAAUCGAUUUUCUACAUCCUGGCCGAACAAGCAAAUAAUUUGAAAGACAGAAAUAAUAACCUGGCACUAAACCUUCCCAGCGUCACGGGGAAGAGGAAGAAAAUAAAAAUUCACUGCACGGACAUAAACCACAAGUGUCUGGAGUUCCUCAUAAGCGACGUUAUGAUUCCCUCCAUUGGAAACCAGUCCAUUCCCGUGGAUUUCUGCUUUGCCGUCAUGUACGAGUCCACUGAGGGGGUUCACAGCAACUUGGCGGAAAGAUGUGCCAACGGGGAUCCCAGCAGGGAUGCCAGAGGGGACGAUGUUGACGACUUUCAUGGGGAUGAUCUCCCUGGCCGUGCCCAAGUUAAUACUGGCGGACGGAACUGCCAACUCGCGCUGGACUACGAACUCGUGCAGUUGUUCCUCCACUUGUCUCUCGCGAAGGUAAGGGAUUUGUUUAUUUGCUCAUGGAAAUAUUUCUCCUUCGAAAUGCCCUACUACUCUGCAGAUAUCCAUCCGCUCAUUUAUCAAAAUGUUUUCCCCGACCCGCGCUCUGGGAGCUUAAUCACCAGUUUUUUUUCAUGGUUCAUUGCAUCCAUGGAGAAGUAUUUGCGCGCGAGUGCGGGCACGCCGAUUUGA